CAAAUUGACCAGGACCGUGUUUCUUAAGACUAGUGAGAGAGUAGGGAGUCAAAGGACGGAUUGAUUUCAAAUCGCAUGGCAGCUCCAGCUAUUUCCACCGAUUCUUCUCUUCUCUCCCAGAGGUUGGUCGGUAAGGUAGCUCUAGUGACGGGAGGUGCAACAGGCAUCGGCGAAGCCAUCGUUCGUUUGUUUAACAAACAUGGUGCAAAAGUAUGUUUCGUCGAUGUUCAAGACGAACUCGGUCACCGUCUCUGCCAAGUCCUAGGUUCCGAAACCAGCUAUAUUCACUGCGAUGUCACGGUUGAGGACGACGUCCGUCGCGCGGUGGACUUCACCGUCGAACGGUUCGGGACACUCGAUAUCAUGAUCAACAAUGCCGGGAUAGGAGGUCCACCUUGUCCUGACAUUCGCGAGUUCGACCUCUCGAUAUUCGAGAGGGUGUUCGACGUGAACGUGAAGGGUGUUUUCCUCGGAAUGAAGCAUGCAGCCCGUGCAAUGAUCCCUAUGAAGAAGGGAUCGAUCGUGUCGAUCUGCAGCGUCGCGAGCGUGAUUGGAGGGAUGGGGCCUCACGCAUACACCGCAUCCAAACACGCGGUUCUCGGGCUUACUAGGAACGUCGCUGCGGAGAUGGGAAACCACGGGAUACGCGUGAAUUGCAUCUCGCCUUAUGCUGUCACCACGAGCUUGGCGGUUGCGCACCUUCACGAGGAGGAGAGGACCGAGGAUGUUAUGGCGGGAUUUAGGAGCUUUGUUAGUAAGAACGCUAAUUUACAAGGCGUGGAAUUAACUGUCGAUGAUGUGGCGAAUGCGGCUUUGUUCUUGGCUAGCGAUGAGUCGAGGUACAUUAGCGGGGAUAACUUGAUGCUUGAUGGCGGUUUCACAUGUACAAAUCACGUUCUUCGUGUUUUUCGUUGAGAAUUUAACGUUGAAAUCAAUGUUUUUUAAGUGUUAGAGAAUUUAAAGUUUGAAAUCAAUGUUUUUUAAGUGCUUAGAAUUAAUUUACCAAAUCGGAUUGUUUUAAUACUUUGAUUGGGGAAGUUGGUUUAUUAAUAAGUAUAUUAUAAACUA